UGUCUCCUAUGGCCUAGCCUUAUCGCGUUUUUGUAAAUCGUAUCAUGGCAUUUGACUUUUUCUAUCCCAACGAGACAGAGAAUUAAAAUUAUCCAGAUCGGCCGGGUCCUCUGCUGAAUGUUGGGGACCUCAUACCCUGCUAUGACCGUUCAGAUAAUGUAAUAGCUUAUCUUCCGACCUCCGUGCAGACCGCUCAGCCCUCACAUGUCACUGCACACUCCGUCUCAAAUGCGCCACCCCUCCCUCGACCGAUGAAACACCACUCACAGGAGUUAUUUGAUGUCUCCACAGACACAAAGUGUAUACCACGCCGGCGUACCUGAAGUGUUAGUCCUUCUGCAGCCCGAGCAAAUCAACGCUGUGGUCUGGAUCAAUCAUCGAACUCACUACGUCCCAAAUCUGACGGUGGUGACCGGAUCUCAACAGAUGAUUUAUGGGACCCAUGGUCGGACGAUGACUUUGAAAGGUUAUUCACAUGGGAGGAG